GACUAGUCCGAUAAAUGAUAACGAGAAAGUCGAGUCUCGAUAAUCUCAACAAUUACCUCCUCCGCAGAGCUCCGUUCAUCACAAAUCUAGAAAUGACGUAUGUACAAUAUUGUUAAAAGCUCGAUUGAUUACAUACAAAAUAUCAUUCAAUUAUUAUUAUCAACAAUAAUAUUAUAACAAUAUUAUGCUGUACGCGCGACGAGUAGAGAUAGUCGACCGAAAAAUUAUGAAACGAUGAUUAUGCCGUCCAACAUCAUCAAAUAGUCAUCGGUUUAGAAUAAUUCGUGUUUUUUUUUUUUUUGUCACCGACGAUUAUUAACCAUUUCGAGAGAAAUACCAUACAAUUUCGUUUACUAGGGCAAAAGAGACACCGACACAAGACAUGGAUGUGGAUCAAAAUGUGCAUGAAUAUGGUAAACUUUGUGUCGACAGUGGACGACACAACAACAAUAACGGAGCCUAAGACAGAAAAUGAACAACCAAUGUCUACCACAAAAGCAUUGGUCAUAUUAGUAGUUAUAUUCUCAUUAUUCAUAGUAAUCUUAGGAUAUUUGUAUUACAGUUUUCCUCAGAUGACCGAGGAGGAAAGAAAAUAUAUAAAAAUUCCACGUAAUACCACAGACAUGCAAAACCUAGGUAGAGUAUUGGAAGAUUACAAGGAUACAUAUUAUACUCAAGUGUUUAUGUCAAUUUUCUUUUGUUACAUAUUUUUGCAGACAUUUGCAAUACCUGGUUCAAUUUCAUUAUCAAUAUUAUGUGGAUUUUUAUACCCAUUUUUAUUAGCAUUAGCAAUCAUUUGUUUUUGCUCGGCAAUGGGUGCAUGUUUUUGUUAUUUAUUGUCAAUGACAAUAGGAAGGAGAUUAGCGUAUAGAUACUUCCCAGAUAGAAUCAAAUCAUAUGCAAAUUUGGUUAAGAAACACAACGACAAUAUGUUCUGUUAUAUGAUGUUCUUGCGAAUAACGCCAUUUUUGCCCAAUUGGUUCAUAAAUGUGUGUGCACCACUAGUCGAUGUUCCGUUAAUACCAUUUUGGUUAGGAACUUUUUUUGGAGUAGCAGUACCUUCUGUAUUGGUCGUACAAGCUGGGCAAACCUUACAUCAGGUUACAACAGAAUCCACCUGGUCAUGGUCUUCCGUACUACUCUUGGCAACAUUUGCUGCCCUGUCAUUACUGCCUGUACUAUUCAAGGCAAAAUUAAGAGACAAAUUUGACUGAAAAAAUGUUGUUGACUGCCAUAUCGAAGGACAUUCCAUUAGUGUAGUCUAGAUUUCCUACGCAUCAAAUGCCUCUUCCUUAUGUCACAAUGUCUCAUAAUUUAUUACAUUUAUAAUAUAUAAACAUCAUAAAAUAA